ACGCGUUGUACUUGGUAGUCGUUCUCCUCAUCGACUAAGCCCUUAUUCACGUCCCUCGUUAUCUAUAUCGCCUUCAGCACAGCAAUCAAGAACCAUGACGAACUCUAUAGGGACGAGCAAGCUAUUGUUGCAGGAGCCGACGAUAGUACUCACAGAGAAGGAAACGGCGAUCUUCAAAGUUAUCAUGGACACCAUUCACCACUUCCAUCUCAAUACAGUCCCAAGGGCCGCAGGCGGCUGGGUUAGGGAUAAGCUGUUGGGAAAAGAAAGCGAUGAUAUUGAUAUCGCUGUUGACGACAUGUCAGGGGAGGCCUUUGCGUACAAAGUGAAGGACUUCCUCACGAGGACCUCGCCGGGUGCAUCUUGCAGCUCAGUUGGGGUGGUCCGUGCUAAUCCUGACCAGAGCAAACAUCUCGAGACGGCUACUCUGAGGGUAUUCGAUAUCAGCCUUGAUGUCAACAAUCUACGUACGGAAACAUACACACUGGACUCGCGUAUACCAGUGGUGGCGCUUGGAACCCCACAGGAAGAUGCCAGUCGACGGGACUUCACCAUUAACGCGUUGUUCUACAACUUGCGCACAGCCAGCGUUGAGGAUUUCACAGGCACGGGCCUUGCCGAUCUCCGAGCUGGUGUUAUCCGAACACCCCUGGAGCCCACCAUCACUUUCCAGGACGACCCCUUGCGGAUCCUCCGAGCCGUGAGGUUCUCCACGAGACUUGGGUUCAAAUUAGACGAUGAAAUAAUGAAGGCCGCGUCGGACCCCAAUAUAUACGGCCUUUUACUCGUUAAAGUGUCUAGGGAGCGAUGGGGUGUGGAGAUUCACAAAAUGCUCAUUCGUCGUCUUACCAGUUUAGAGUAA